AUGAUUUCCGUGACAACAAUCUCUGCAAUUAUGCUUUUGUUUUCCCUCUGUGGAUUUACAAUAAAUUGGGCAAUUGUGAUUAUAAUGAUAAAAGUUACAAAGUUGCAAAAACCAUUUGCAAUUUUAACUGUUGGUCUAGCGAUUGCUGAUGGAACAUUUUCCGCGCUCUACUUAUUCUAUGCAACUCCAAUGGUAUUUUUCGAGAGCGAUAUUUUAUCAAAUUAUUCGAGUGUUUGUGGAUAUGUUCUUAUGAUUUGCUACAGUGCUUCAACAACUUUUCAUUUCAUGAUAUCCCUUAACAGAAUUCUAGCAGUGUAUAAACCAAUGCUUUAUCGUAUGAUGUUUAGUGUUUUGUUCACGUUUUGUAUAGUAAUGGGAAUUUAUUCCUACGCACUUACAAUCAUAACACUAUUUUUUCAAAUUUUGGGAUGUCAAAAUUUUUAUGACCAAGAAACAAGAGCAUUUCGUUAUUCUGGAGGAGACGUUUGUCGUUUUUAUGCAACUUAUUUAGACUUUUAUCUUGUUUUUUCAUUGACUAUUUCCAGUACUAUUUUGGACUUUUUAGCUAUCGGAAAAGUGUUAAAAAUUAGCUCAAAAACAGAAAAGCACUCAAAAGAACUUAGCUUGUUGAAACAGUCCAUAAGCCAAACUCUAUUUGUUCUUGCAAUCGUUUGUAGUUUUACUUGGGGUCCGCGUUUUAUUCCAGACAUUGAUUACACCUUUAUUUUCUCUUCUAUUCUCUGGUCUUCAGUGCAUAUGUUUGAUGGGUUUUUCACAUUGAUUUUCAAUCCAGAAAUCCGAAGGAGCUGUUCCAGAAGCGGCCAGCCACUGGCAUUCAACGUUGUUAGAUCGAAAUCGGCUGCAUUGGAUUAA